AUGGAGAAAGAAGCAACAAUCUACGUCAUUGAUCUAGCCCGGUCUAUGGGUCAAACACGCUCUGGCAGAGACCUGUCUGACCUCGAUUGGGCUCUUCAAUAUGUUUGGGACAAAAUUACCAAUAUCGUUUUCACAGGCCGCAAGACUCUUCAAAUUGGAAUUGUUGGCCUUGGAACCGACGAGACUUCCAACGACAUGCAAGGAGAUGAGAGUUACAAAAAUAUCAGUAUCCUUCAACCCAUAGCACAGAUCCUGAUGCCCGAACUGCAAGCCUUACCUUCGAUGCUCAAGCCCAGCAAAACCGAUGACCGCGACGUUCUCUCCGGCAUCAUUAUCGCUGUCGACAUGAUGAUGAAGCACUGCAAGAAACUGAAAUACAAGAAGAAAAUUGUCGUGAUUACCAGCGCAACUGGCCAUAUCGAUGAUGACGACAUUGAAAGCACGGCUUAUCAAUUCAAGAACAAUGACAUCGAGCUGGUGGUUCUGGGGAUCGACUUUGACGACCCGGAUUAUGGAUUCAAGGAAAAAGACAAGCCAGUACAAAAGACGAAGAACGAACAAAUUUUGAAACAUCUGGUAGAACUCGGCGGCGGAAUCCUUGGUACCAUGCAAGAAGCCAUCGAUGAGUUGUCACGACCUCAGAUCAUCCCUGUGCGCCCUACACCAACAUUCAAAGGCCAACUGAGGCUCGGUGACCCACAAAACUACGACACGGCAUUGUGCAUCGACGUUGAGAGGUACUUCAAAGUAUCUGUCAAAAGAGCGCCGACCGCCAGUUCUUACGUCGUUCGGGACACGGCCUCUUCGGCUACCGAUGAGAAUCUCGCGACCAUUUACAACAUGCAGAAGUACAAAGUCAAAGAUGAAUCGUAUGAGGGUGGCAUACGACUUCUCGAGCGUGACGAGUUGGCCAAGGGCUAUGAAUAUGGGCGGACAGCGGUGGCAAUCUCCGAGACAGAGCAAAAUAUCACCAAACUGGAGACGGAAAUGGCAUAUGAUAUUAUAGGAUUCAUUCCGGUGGAGAAAGUCGAGCGCUACAUGCUCCUUGACAAUACCAACAUGAUUGUGUCACAAAAGGGUAAUGACAAAGCUGCUUUCGCCCUUUCCUCGGUAAUACAUGCUCUGUUCGAACUGGGAUCGGCUGCAGUAGGUAGGCUAGUGAAGAAAGAUAUGUCGGAGCCCAUUCUCACGCUUCUCUCACCACUCGCGGAGUCAGAUUUCGAAUGUUUGGUCGAAAACAUUCUUCCUUUUGCUGAGGAUGUUCGCACUUAUCGAUUUCCGCCACUUGACAAGGUCAUCACUGUCUCAGGGAAAGAAUUGACAGAACAUCGGAAUCUUCCCAACGAGAAACUUUUGCAAAGCAUGAGUGACUUCGUUGAUAGUGCAAGUUUGGUGCAUGAUGACGAGGAAGAGAUGGCCAUGGAAGACACAUUCUCACCCGUUUUGCACACAAUCGAGGGAGCAAUCAAAUACCGAGCAGUGCAUCCAAAUGAUGAUAUUCCCGAGAAGUCCGAAGUAUUUCUUGCAUGCUCAAAACAGCCUGGAGAGGUCCAAGAGCGGAGCAAAGCUGCACUUUCCAGGUUGAUGGCUGCAGCAGAUGUGAAGAAAGUCCCUCCCAAAGCUAAAGGUCGGAAGAGGCCUCGUGAAGUCGAGAAGCCCUUGUCCGGAUUAAAUGUCGAAGAUCUUUUCCGCAGAGAAAAGCGAACUCGCAUCUCUCCUGACAACGCCAUUCCUGAAUAUAAGCGAAUGCUUGGAACCUCGGAUGACAUUGAUACUCUCAAAGAAGCAAAUUCACAAAUGACAAAGAUAGUGGAAGAUCUCAUUCAGAAUAGCUUUGGUGAAGCUAAUGACGAUCGAGUACUUGAAAUGCUCAACGUGAUUCGUCAAGAAAUGUUGGCCUAUGAAGAGCCGCGAGCGUACAAUGACAUUUUGCGACAGAUCAAGGAGAAGUUGAUGGCAGGCGAAUUGGGCGGAAAUCGAGGAGAAUUGUGGUGGAAGAUCCGAGUCAGCAAACUGGGUCUGAUCAGUAAUGAAGCUUCACAUGUCUCGGAUGUGAGCCGAACAGAUGCAGAUGCUUUCAUGACCAUGAGAAUGGAUGUCUCGGUCAACCAUGAUUGA